GGCGGGGGCUGAGACGCAGGAGCCGCGCUCCGGGCCGCCUGGAGCCUCCGCUGCGAGUCCCUGGGCGGCCCCUCCCCUCCUCCCCCCCGGCGGCCCGAAGCCGCGCGGGGCCGGGGCCAUGUGUCGUGCGCGGCUCCGCCUCCCGCCGGUCCUCUGAGGCGGCGGCCGGGGGGAAAACGGAGAGACAGCCAGGCGUCUAUCCAGGCCGUACCGUGCACAUGGCGGGUGUACUGGACUUCGCUGGGGCCGGGUCUUUUUCUCUGGUCUGGACCACCCGGAUGGGGCGCUCCGGGCCCCGCCCCGUCUGGCCUAGCCUGGCCGGCCGGAGUCUCGCAAGCUCUGCGGGCAGGCUAGUGGGCCGACCCCAUUCCCACGUCCUGCCACCAGCCUGCGAAGGAUCCGGGAGUGGGCAAGCGCCACCCGGCCCGCUCCGGAGUCAGCAAUGGGUCUCAGCGAGGCCAGGUGACGCUCCAGAAUGGGAGACAAGCCAAUUUGGGAGCAGAUUGGAUCCAGCUUCAUUCAACAUUACUACCAGUUAUUUGAUAAUGACAGAACCCAACUAGGCGCAAUUUACAUUGAUGCAUCAUGCCUUACGUGGGAAGGACAGCAAUUCCAAGGGAAAGCUGCCAUUGUGGAGAAGUUGUCUAGUCUUCCGUUUCAGAAAAUCCAGCACAGCAUCACGGCGCAGGACCAUCAGCCCACACCAGAUAGUUGCAUCAUCAGCAUGGUUGUGGGCCAGCUUAAGGCUGAUGAAGACCCCAUCAUGGGGUUCCACCAGAUGUUCCUAUUAAAGAACAUCAACGAUGCUUGGGUUUGCACCAAUGACAUGUUCAGGCUUGCCCUGCACAACUUCGGCUGACCUCCAAGCCAGGCACUCAUGCUGUUUCCUCCUCCCUCCUCUUCCCGAUACUAUUCACACUCCUCCAGAUGCUCCAAAUAUCAUACACAAACGAGCAGGGCCGCGGUGGGAGUGGGCGCAGUGCGCUGCUGCUACCGAGGUAUUGUGCAUGAUGUUUGGAUGCUAGACUAGUUGCAUCUGACAGGAGAAGUUUGUGUUGUACCAGCGCAUGCCUUGGAAAGACUUACGUAAUGCAAAAGGUUGUCUUUUUUUUUUUUUUUAAUCUACUGACAAGUUGCUCUAGUAACCCAAAGAAGUGAAGGAGAAAGCAGCUGCCUCACCGCCCAGAUGUUGAUUUGUUCAGAUGUUUCAAUGCCUCAUGAUACAAUAAAACCACAAAAAUUUUCUUAACAGUU